AUGCGCGUGAGCAGUGAACAACUGGUUGAACAGGCACGCCGUAGGGACGCAGAGUUCCCCCCAACUCCAUGGCGGUGGAUCGACGGACCAGGGCCCUGGUCCUGUAUACUCUGGCAAUCAUCUAACCGAGUAGACAUGGAUGAGAUGGCCAGGGGGUGGAAGCUUGUAGACGCAGUCUGGGACUACGAUGUAUGGGGAUAUCCGCCCGCGUGCACGCGCUUAUCAGACGCGGUUGUCUUCAAGCUUCUCCUCAAGAAAAUUGCCAAGGUUCGCGCUGAAAGCUGGCCGUUUGACUUCAACAGCAGAGGUCAAAUGAGGUUCGAGCGCGAACCGCAGGGUCCAGCGGUGUGGAUUGAGCGCAAGGGCCGAUACUACUAUCCCGAAAUUGGAGGGCGAUAUGUCCUGGGCGGGGAAAUAGCAAGAAUGAUGGAUUCUUGGUUCAUUGAGCCACCGUCGUAUGAUACCAGGAGGGAUUCGAUCUACUUUGGGCGUGUCGAGGUGCCCAGCUGGGCAAAGGACCAAGGCGCCAUCAUCAUCUCGUCGCGGGGUGUUACGGGUCUAACGUUCGAUGAUGAGGACCGCGUCUCCUGGGAUGGCAUGUCGGGGACUCCGGUUAUUUGGACCAAGGAAGUGAGCCUUGAAUGCCCUACCAGCCUUACGCGACCCACUGUUUUCACUGAGGUGGUAACCGAAAGCGGCCAAGAUGCGAUCCUGGUCGCUUAUGGUCCAGAUGAGGAACCGGAAGACGCUCAAGACUCCACAGAGAUGAAAAAGGAGGAGGUCAAGAGGGAGGCCGUGAAAAAAGAGCUCGUGAAAAAAGAGGUCGUAAAAAAAGAGGUCGUGAAGAAAGAAAGAAUUGCCAUCAAGUCAGAGGUGGUAUGUGGAAGCCAGAGACUUCACCCUCCACGUACGCUCAAGAGGAAACCAGAGUCCCAGGUCAACGGUCGCAGCAAACGUGGCAAAGCCAUGUCAAGUGCCUUAAAACAAGAGAACAUUCCGAUCAAGUCAGAGGCGGUAAAUGGAACCUCCGAACUUGACCUUAAGAGGGAACCUGCCGCCAAACCACCUAGCACCACGCCUCAGCAACAGUCUUCAGCACACAACAAGACUCGCCGUAUACCCAAGAGGGAACCAGAGCCCCACAUUGUCACCGGUCACAACAAACGUGGCAGAUCCAGGUCAAGUGUCUUGACCCAGGGCAGCAACACUGAAUCAUGGGUGGAAAUGGCUCGCACGAUGAUCCGCCAGGCAGCCUCUGCGAACAGGGAACACCAGGCGCUGAUGCGAAGUAUUCGUGAGGACAUCAAAUCUCUUCAAGCCAGAGUCGAUGCUUUAAAGGCGUCAGCGCCGCUGCCUAGAGCUCUAGAGGAUGUCCGGAAACUCAUGGCUGAGCACGAAGACGACGUGCUGGGGACAGAGCAGAUCGAGAGAACGAUUCAAACCAUCCUGCAGAAGCUCCCUUCUUGA